CGUCACAUCCCCUUGACCCUCCAAUCACCUCAGGGUCCCAUUUGAUUGGAAGGCGGCAAAGGCUUUAAUCUCGGACUAAUUCAGUUGCUUUUGAAGUGAAAAUCCCUAGCAGAUCGUGCUUCGGGAGUACAGAGCGAGGACCUGCAGACAGACGCGCACACAAGGGGCGCUGCGCUUUCGGUGAAGGACGCAGCCACGGAUGUGCGAUAACCACUGCUCUCCUUUCCUUCCAAGCUGCCGCGCCUUGCAGUCUGCUCUCUAACCAAGGAUUACACAUCACUAAGGCGUCUACGACCGUUUUCCCUCAACAGAAACAGACUCAUUGCUUCCAUUUUUUUCUCUUUUUUUUGUGCGCGCUGGUUUUUCUUAAUGAAUCUGAUGAAUGCAUUGCCGUUUCAUUCCCUGACUGUUGGGACAUGAUCACGUCGCCCUCGGCGUCUGCUCUGAAAAAUAGUGAAAUUUGUGUGGUGUGGGAAAGCAGCAGUGCACGGAAUAGCAGCAUCAACAAGCCUUUUCUUCACUCCGCACCUCCGUCCGAUCCACUACGGCAAGCGAACAGACUUCCCAUCAAGGUUUUGAAAAUGCUCACGGCACGAUCGGGACACAUUCUGCACCCGGAGUAUCUACAGCCUCUGCCUUCAACCCCAGUCAGUCCGAUCGAGCUCGAUGCCAAGAAAAGUCCUUUGGCUUUGCUGGCGCAGACCUGCUCCCAGAUCGGUAAGCCGGACCCGCCGCCCUCUUCCAAACUCUCCUCCGUUACGCCGAACGGAUCUAGCGAGAAGGAAUCUAAAUCUGGCCCCUUGAAGCUGAGCGACAUCGGCGUGGACGACAAAUCCAGCUUCAAACCCUAUUCCAAGCCGACAGACAAGAAGGACUCGUCCUCCGGGGUCUCUGCCGGAGAGAAGUCUGGUUUCCGAGUGCCGAGCGCCACCUGCCAGCCGUUCACGCCGCGGACGGGCAGCCCCAACUCCAGCACCUCCGCCUCUCCCAUGCCGACGGAGGGGAAAUGCGGGGAGAGGGACGACAAGAAGGAGUCUGAUUGUAAUAAAAACGGCACAGGAGACGGCACCGGCACCACCAGCCACAGCAGGAUAAGCGUGAGCUGCGGUGGGAUUAACGUGGAGGUCAACCAGCACCAAGAAGCGACCCCUGGCACCAAAACCUCAUCCUCAUCAUCCUCGGAGUCUUCCUCUGUGACUUCCGUAUCCUCCGCAUCAGUUCUCGGCUCGGGACUUGUGGCGCCGGUUUCCCCUUAUAAACCAGGACAGACAGUGUUCCCCUUGCCCCCUGCUGGCAUGACCUACCCGGGUAGUUUGGCCGGGGCCUAUGCUGGUUACCCUCAGCACUUCCUGCCCCAUGGAGGAAGCUUGGUAAACGCACAGCUUGCCAGCUCUCUGGGCUGCAGUAAGGCUGGCUCCAGCCCCUUAGCCGGAGCUUCUCCUCCGUCCAUAAUGUCAGCCAGCCUGUGCAGAGAUCCAUACUGUCUCAGUUACCAUUGUGCUAGUCACUUAGCGGGCGCAGCCGGUGCGUCCUGUACGCACGACUCCGCGGCUGCAGCCGCUGCCAGCGCGCUAAAAUCCAGCUACCCUCUAAUGUAUCCAACACACCCCAUGCACGGCGUUCACUCCACGGCUCCGUCCUUCAGCGGACACCCCCUGUACCCUUACGGAUUCAUGCUCCCUAACGACCCUCUCCCACAUGUUUGCAAUUGGGUGUCGGCAAAUGGACCGUGUGACAAGCGCUUCUCCAGCUCAGAGGAGCUCCUGAACCACCUGAGGACACACACCGCUUUUACCGGGGCGGAGAAGUUGAUAUCGGGCUAUCCUGGCUCUUCAUCACUGGCCAGCGCUGCAGCAGCGGCCAUGGCCUGCCAUAUGCACAUGCCACCAUCAGGAGCCCCAGGGAGCCCCGGGACUUUGGCCCUAAGGAGCCCGCACCAUGCGUUAGGACUCAGCAGCCGCUACCACCCAUACUCUAAAAGUCCCUUACCGACCCCCGGCGCCCCUGUUCCGGUCCCUGCAGCCACCGGCCCCUAUUACUCUCCUUAUGCACUGUAUGGACAGAGACUCACCACAGCGUCAGCGCUGGGAUAUCAGUGAGGAGGAAAAUGACUGAAAAGUUUAUAAUACUAAGAAUGCAAAUAUAAAGACUUUUAUAUUAACUGCGCUAAACUUUUGGACGGGAUCCAUGGACUUGAACUGUAUUUAUUUAUAUGUUGGGCUUAAAACAGGCGGUAACAGCUGCGUUAUGGGAGAAAAAAAAUAUCUGAGCAAGUCAAAAAGUGCAUUAUGUUGAAGCUGAACUCUAUAGGUGAAAAUGAAAACACGCAUUAUGUUAGAAAACCUAACGAACGUAGGGAUCUUUCAUUUCGAUGUUCAUUUCAAAUUGCUAUAUGAUUGUAUUUGUUCUUAUUUAAUGUCCCAUCGAGGAAAAAAAAUAAUAAUUUACAUGCAUGUCUGUUUCUUAAAAUUUCAAAACAUGUCAACAUUUAAAUUGCCGUUAUUUUUCAGGUGAUGGAAAGAGAAAUUGGUAUUUUUUUGUAUGUAUUCUGGGCAAAAAAAAAAAAAAAAAAAAAAGAAGCAGUUCUGUUCCGUAUGUUGUGCCUCCUUUUUCUUGAACGCCUGUUUUUUUUUAGCUCAUAAAGUGCACAAAAACGAGGAGAAACGUCACAUUUUCUGUAUAUUUCACAGAAUUUGUUUUACCCGCCUGUUAAUUAUUGGCCUCGAGGAAAAAUAAUUGCAACAUUUCCACUCUCAGGCCUUUAGUUGUCAAUGCUUUUAUAAAGAAAAAAAUAUUUCUAUCUUUCUUUUCUUUAUUUGCUUAAAAUAACAUGAAGCGGAUAUUGAUUAAUUUAUCUCAAUACAUUAUUUAGAGAAAAUCAAGUUUAUCACUCAAAAAACAAGUUUAAUGCCCCAGAAAAAAAUCAACAAGAGUGUAAAUUUACCAAAAUAUUUUUUUCCCAUUCCCAGAGCUUAAAAAGCAAAAUCCGUGUAUUUUUAGCAAGAUAAAUGCAAUUAAAAAUAUAUAGGAUUUUACUUACUAUAGGAUUGAACGCAGUCACAGUUUCAUACGUUUUUAACACGUUAAUAUUCGUUUGAUUUGAUUUUUAUUCCUUUAUUUUUGUAUUUUUUUUUUUAUUUUUUUUUUGCAAAUUUGACUGGUGUAAGUUUUAUGCAAAGGAAUAUACUUUGUUGUUCCUUAUUGGGUGACAUGAAUUAGUUUGCGUUUAUUUCACCCGCUUGUAAAUCCAAUGUGGACGCAAAGAAAUGUGCAAUUAAAGCAACCUAAAUUGUGCAGAAUUUGUUUGAUUUUCACGCGUGUCAGCUGUUACAGUUCUAAUGCACGAUCACCAACAGCUUGAAUUACAUGUUUGAUUUAAUCAUAGAGCAGAUUGCGAAGAGGAUUUAGUCAAUUUAAAUGUUAUACAAGGGUGCAACGGAAACCCUUACAAAAAAUGAUGGUUUAUCCGCUGUUCAUGCGAGAAAAUGGGUGUUUAUGGGCAGAAUCUUGCAAUCCUUUUAGUUUUUUGUUUGUUUUACAGUUGCAGUCAUCAUGAUUAACAAAAAUUUGGAUAUUUUUUUUUUCUUUUGGUGCAAUGGUUAGUCACGCAAAAAAAAAAAAAAA